AUGGACAAAUUUUUGAAAAGAAAGACUGAAAGUGAGGUUAAUGUUGGGGCGAGUACAAGCAGGUCUUCUUCAAUUGAAGGAGAUAUGCAAGGCAACGAAAAUGCCGAAAAUAAACGUAAAAAGAUAUCCGAAUCAGUUCGGCAUUAUUCGGAAGAAUAUCUGAAGUUUGGUUUUACAUGGAGCGGUAGUCAAGAUGUUCCUAUUCCGAGAUGUAUUGUAUGUGAUGAAAAAUUGGCUAACAGUGCAAUGGUCCCAGCUAAGUUACAGCGACACCUUUCAACAAAACAUUCUUGUCUAACUUCGAACGCAAAUCGCUUCUUAUAA